AUGAAAGUCUUGACAAUUAGCAGUUCAGAAAAAGUUGGUUCUAUUUUCAAGAUAGUUGUUCUGGGAAAAGCUAAGAUUGAAUUUGCUGCUAAUGUUGAGGUUAAGGAUGGUAAAGCAGAGACCAUCAAUUUUGCAGUUUUGAAUUAUCUUAAUUCAAACAACAUUCUUGUGAAAAAGCUUUCUGGGUUGAGAACAAAUGGCACCUUAGUCAUGACAGGUUGUCAUAAUGGUUCUGCUGUGCAACUGCAAAGGCUAAAUGCCAAAAUAGUUUCUGUUUGGUGUGUUGCUCACAAACUGGCCCUAGUCAUACACUGGGCUUUCAAGGUUACCCCUAUCUGGUUAGCUAUGAAGAAAUAG